AUGUCAGAAAGCCGCUCAGCUUUUGUGACUAGGGUCGCAGCAACAGCGUGGAGUCUCCGAGCGUCGGUAAUGGUGGCGCGAUGGCGCGGUGUUGGCCUAAUUGAUUCGUCGCCGGCAUCGCACGCCUCCACCGAGACACCUCACACCGAGCAUCGCUCCUUACACUACUGCCUUAUGUACCUACACUUAACACCAAUAUCACGAGAAGCAAGAGUAAGUCCCGAGAUGACCUACAAUAUAUGUACAACAAAAACAAAUAUUCCGCAGGCUAUUGGACCGCCAACCACUUACACACCUGAAUCCGAUAGACUCCGCGCAGAUCACAAAAUAAUUGGCUCGUAUGUGGCGCCCCCUAUCACCGUUCACAAUGACCUCAAAAUCACGCCCUUUAAAAAAGGGUGUCCAGUGAAGCAGGGCGGCGCGCGCGCAGCUGGCCCGCGCACUGCUGCACACAGUCCGCACGCAACACAUUUGCAUGAUAAAGCACAGCAUGCUCUGUGUACAUACAUACGCCACACGCGGCGCCGCUCGCCGCUGGGUAGGGAUGGAGGGAGUAUAAGACUCUUCCUAGCUGAAAACUCCACCGUUCCUUCUCCUGCUCUGGGCAGAAACCGCGGUGCUUCAUUGCGCUUGCCCCGCAACCCCGGAUGUACAUCAGCCCUAAAGAGCCCCGUCAGUGGUGGUCUAUUGGCUUCUUAA